GUGGUGGCUCGGGGGCCGGCCGGGCUGCUGCUGGGGCUCGGCGGCCGCAGACGGUGGAUUUGUGGGAAGAGGACGGGAUGAGAAAUAAACGCACCUGGCCGGCGGUGUUUAGGGGAGCGGGGGCCGGGUGUCCCCCCUGGCCGCCGGAGCCCCUGGACCCCGGCCGCGGACCCGCCGAGCUGCAAUGGACGCUGCUGGCCGCAGAGCGGAGCAUCCCCGCCGCCGCCGAGGAGGGAGAGCUGCCCGCCCGGAGCCGGCCCGCAGCGCGCCCCUCGCCCGGAGAGGGACCGGGAGUUUCCUCCUCGGCAUCGCUCCGGUCACCGCGGGCUGUGCCAGCCGGCCGCCCACAUAGGAACUCCUUGGAUGCGUCGGAAGUGAGCGCUGGGAGCAUUUGGUGAUCUUUGUGGGAGGAAGGCACAAGCCACCCAGGCCCCGUUCCCUCCAUCUUGAGCCUUCCAUGGUGAUUUGCAGCAGCACAGGGAAGUAUGAAGCACUGAGGGACAGAAGCCAGUGUUUAAACCUGGCUUCAGCAUUAACAAUCACACAAGUUUUAGAUAACAGAGGACCAGGAAUAGAAUAGCAGAAGUACUUAAGGUGCCUCUUUUAAAAGUUGUCUUUUGCAUCUCUAAAGAUUAGGGAGCUGCUUAAAAAAGAUGAUUAUACAAGUGUUUUUAUUUACUGUCCUAACAGAAGAUGAUGAUCCGCAUUAUCUUACAUGCAUCUUGGAUGCAUCUGUAUCACCAUAUAGAUUUCAGGGGAGCUGUAUUGAUUUAAGUUAGUAAAGAAACCAGUGAAGUUUUAAAUAGUCAGAAUAAUAUUCUCCCUUUCAGUCAGAUUUGCCCUUCAUGUUACUUGUGUUUCAUAAUCCUCCUAGCUCUCCAUUUCGUCAUUACAAGACCAGCAUCUCUACUGUUAAAAAAAAAAAAAAAAAAAAA